AUGAGCGUCGAUCCCGAAACGCUAUACACGAAGCAGAAUUGUAUAGGCGGAGGCAGCUUUGGCAAGGUCUACAAGGGUGUUGACAAGCGGACUGGUCAGUCUGUCGCCAUAAAGAUCAUUGAUGUCGAGAACGCGGAAGAUGAGGUCGAAGACAUCAUCCAAGAGAUAUCAAUUCUCUCAGAACUGCAAUCACCAUACGUGACGAAGUACCAUGGGUCUUUCCUCAAAGGCUCGGACCUCUGGAUUAUCAUGGAGUUCUGCUCAGGUGGCAGCUGUUCCGAUCUCAUGCGACCAGGCAUCCUGAACGAGGAAUACAUUUCAAUCAUCCUGCGGGAACUGCUCAUGGGCUUGGACUAUCUGCACAGCGAUAAGAAGCUGCAUAGAGACAUCAAGGCGGCUAAUGUGCUUCUCGGUACCAAUGGUCAAGUCAAGCUUGCUGACUUUGGUGUGUCCGGCCAACUAUCAGCAACCAUGACCAAGAAGAACACUUUCGUUGGUACUCCUUUCUGGAUGGCUCCUGAAGUUAUCAAGCAGUCCGGCUAUGACCACAAAGCAGAUAUCUGGUCCCUAGACAUCCAUCCCAUGAAAGUCCUGUUUCUGAUUCCAAAGAAUGCUCCUCCGAGGUUGGAAGGCAAUUUUACGAGACCAUUCAAGGAGUUCGUUGAGCUGUGCCUUCGACGAGACCCAAAAGAGCGACCGUCCGCCAAGGAGCUACUCAAGCAUCCCUUCGUCAAGCGUGCUAAGAAGACCAGCUACUUGACCGAGCUGAUUGAACGACAUGAAAGAUGGCAAGCGACCCACGGAAGUCGAACCUCUGACGACGAAGACGAAGAGAACGAGCCGCCAUAUGCACAAGAGCCGAUCAACGAAGAUGUAUGGGAUUUUGGGACCGUUCGUCCUGUAGGUGGUGCUCGGGCCGGCGCUUUGCGACCUAUGGGUGAAUCAGCAGCCAACAUCCGUGCCUCACGAGAGCAGCCAGAGAUGGACGAUACAGUCAAGCGGCCAUCGUCACCUGCGAAAUCGCCAUCCAAAUCGCCAUCAAAAGCGCCAGUCAGUCCCACCAAAUCAGCAGCACCUCCUGUUCCCAGCAAGAACCCUCCUCCUGCAAAGCUUGCUUCGCAUUUGCAAAACAGUCCCGGCAUUGUGGCGGCAAGCACGUCCAGCAGAGACAGCGCUGGUUCGAAUGAGUACAACAAAGCCUUUCAGGCACAGCUGGCCAAAGAUAUGAGCUUCAUGCAGCUCAACGACGGCCAGAACACACCUCCGACAAGCACACCUCCGGGGUCAAGACCCAAAAUGAUCAUCCCAGAUAUCCCGCCGUUCAGGGGCAAGCCAGGUAAAGGCGAUGCCAUUCGACCUCCGUCGAGGCAAGGUUCCACAAAACCACAAGGCCAGCAAGCACUGCCAGCUUUCGACGCCAAAGACCUGCCUGUACAGCCUUUGCCUCAGAAGGGAACCAAGGAAAAGUUGCAACAGCAGGAGGCUCAACGACAACACGUGGAAUCGCCUGCGCCUUCGACGGGUAGUGUCAGCUCCGCAGCGGCAUCACCAAGUCUGCCAUCCCAGCACCAGCCAUCUGCACUAAGCUCAGUCAUCAUGCCGUCGCUCGAUGCUGCGUUGCAACGGCGCACAACCGUUGUCAAGGCUCAAGCAUCCAACAGUUCGAUAAGUCAAGAGCUUCGUCAAAAGCAGAUCGCGUCGAAUGAGCGCAUCAGGAAACUGGUGAUCAAGGCAGCAGGCGUUUUCAACGAAAUACAAGCAAUUGAUGAGCAGACGCCGGUAGGUAUGGGAGGCGGCGUCACGGACUUCCUCGAGGGAUGGCUCGAGGAGAUCUUGUAUAGGGUUGAGCCGACGGACGAUGAGGGAUGA